AUGUCUCAACCCCAGCGUGAACAACCGAAGCCAGCGCCCUCUGCGGCUGUGCAGCAGAGUGACAACAUUGCCCACGCGCUGGCAGGUGCGGGAGGCGGAAUCCUGUCGAUGGUUCUGACAUACCCUCUGAUCACCCUAUCCACGAGAGCCCAAGUCGAGUCCAAGCGCGCACACUCCACAACUCUCGAUGCGGUCCGACGCAUCGUUCAACGAGAGGGCAUUUCCGGGCUCUAUUCAGGCCUGGAGUCCGCCCUGUUCGGAAUCAGUGUCACCAAUUUUGUCUACUACUACUGGUAUGAGUUCACGCGUGCCGCGUUCGAGAAGGCAGCGGUCCAGGCCGGCCGGGCCUCGAAGAAGCUCACGACGGUCGAGUCCAUGAUUGCGGGCGCAAUCGCGGGCAGUGCCACCGUCAUGCUCACCAACCCGAUCUGGGUCAUCAACACGCGCAUGACGGCACGCAAGUCCGAGUCCGAAGAGCAGAGCCUCCCCGGCGCGCCCAAGAAGGCUAAGGCCUCGACUUUCAGCACGCUGAUGGAUCUGCUGCGGCAGGAGGGCCCCAAGGCCCUGUUCGCGGGGGUUCUCCCGGCGUUGAUCCUUGUGAUCAACCCGAUCCUGCAGUACACCAUCUUCGAGCAGCUGAAGAACAUGGUGGAGCGCCGUCGGCGGAUGACGCCCAAGGAUGCGUUCUAUCUGGGUGCGCUGGGCAAGAUCCUGGCCACCAGCAUCACAUACCCCUAUAUCACCGUCAAGAGCCGCAUGCACGUGGCUAGCAAGGACGGCCCCAAGGAGAGCCUGAAUGGAAGCCUCAAGAAGAUCAUUCGGGAGGAGGGAUACACCGGACUAUACAAGGGUAUCGGUCCCAAGGUGACCCAGAGUGCCAUUACCGCCGCCUUCCUCUUCGCCUUUAAGGAUGUGCUGUAUGAUGCGAUGAUAUCUGUGCGCAAGGGCCGCUCUAUUCGCAAGUAG